CUGGGGUUUUUUUACUUUUCUGGGCAGCAGUUUGAAGCUGGCUUUUUACAAUUUUUCUUAAAACAAGAUCAGUUAAUUUAUAGCGCUGGAAUAGGUCGAACAUGCACAUUUAUCGCGAUAGCUCAGGGAGUCCAGCAGCUCUGUGAAACUCCUGAAGAUAUAAACAUCUUCUCGAUUGUAUCCCGAUUACGCAUGCAAAGGUAUGGAGCGGUGCAGUUGCCGGAACAAUACGCAUUUAUUUAUCUAGCACUGCAGCGCAUGGAAAGACUUCUACCGGAAUGCACUGCAUACACCGACACGAGGGCAACCAUUUUUUACGAGCAGAGCCAGUUUGUGGAUCGUGAAGCAAUGCUGUUCUUUCAAGCGAGCUGCGAAUUACCUCAGCUGUAA